GGCGACGCGUUUAUCAUGAUGUUUAUCGGUCACGGAUUUAAUGAGAGUAUCAUCGGGUGGUCAGCGCAGCCGCAGUGGCCGCCGGCUGACGACACUGUGCUGCCAAUCCGCGACAUAAUGACCAUGUUUUCCGAGACCGGAAAGUGCCGGGCGUUACGCGAAAAGAUCAAGAUCUUUAUUUUUAACUGUUGUCGCGAAAGAGUGGCCGUCACGGCUCAGCCCAAACCCGGCGCCGUGACCGUAAACAUUGGUAGCGCGUGCGCAAAGUGCCUGGGUCGUUUGGUGUGUACGAAAUGCGAACCGACCAUGAUCGACACGCUGGCCACACUGGAUCCCACGUGGAAAGAGAAGAAUAAACUAACUCACGUGAUAUAUGCGUGCGCUGAAGGUUCAAAAGCCUGGUACCAAAAUUUCCCCCUCACUGCCAUCGGUCACGCGAGUGUAUUCGGUCAGGCGCUCAGCCAUACGAUAGCCCAGUACUCGUGGUAUAAAAGCCUGUAUCAGCUCAUUCUUAUGACCGUUCAAAAAUCAGAGGAAGACUCGGAGAAAGCGUAUCAGGAUUUUCUCAAAACUAAUCCACCAAAGGAUGAGCUAGAUAAAUUGGGUGACCCCGUGCGACGGCCGGAAAUCAAUAUGUUUGCUGUGAACAAGGAGCUUUAUUUUAACCCUGGUCAGUGGAAAGAGGGUGAUGAUAAUGAUUUAAGCGACUAAUUACUCG